AUGUCUGAUGCACCUGAGGGCAUUGUGGAGUACGCCUACGACAACAUUGCAGAAUGGUAUCUGCAGUGGGUCGAGAGUCAGAAGUCACCGCGUGAGCGGUACACCAAGAAGCUCCUUGAGCAGCUGGAACCAUCCCCUUCGAUUCUAGAGCUCGGCUGCGGCCCGGGCAUUCCUAUCUUGAAGUUGCUUCUCGACCAUGGCGCUCACGUGGUCGCAAAUGACAUCUCGGCCAGGCAGGUCGAGAUGGCCAAGGCCCGCUGCCCCGAGGCUACGCUCAUCGCGGGCGACAUGACAACGCUCACCUUCGAGCCCGAGAGCUUCCAUGGGGUCACUAGCUUCUACGCCCUGUUUCACCUCCCGCGGGCGAAGCUCAAGGAUAUGCUCAUCAAGAUUCAUGGCUGGCUAAAGCCCGGAGGUGUCUUCGUGUUCAAUCUCGCGACCCUCGACGAGGAAGAGAUCCAUGGCGAGUUCCUCGGGUAUGGCAUGUUCUGGAGCAGCUACGACGUGGAUGGAAAUCAGGCGCUGUUGAAAGAGGUUGGAUUCGAGUUGUUGCAGGUGGAGAUAUUGCAGGCAGGAGAUGGAAAGCUGGAGGAGGACGAACCAGACUUUGACGCGGAGUUCAUGUGGGUGAUGGCACGAAAGAAGGAUCCUGCAGCACCAAGCGGGGUGCCUCAAGAACCGUGA